AUCAAAGUUAAUUUUACAGCUUUAUAUUACUAAAUGAAAUCAUAUUUAAAAUGAAAGUAAAACACAAGAAGCGUUCUCAUAAGGAAUCCUCUCCAGAAUCUUCUGAUGAAAGUCCUCGGAAACAUCACAAAAAACAUAAAGAAACGCACAGGAAAGAACAUUCCCAACAUCGUGAUGACUACUCGAAAAAGCAUAAAAGAUCGAGACAAAAAGAUGGAAAUAUAAGUGAAGAGUCACCAACGCGUAAAGAGGAUUCUAAAAAUUCUCAUGCAAGAAAAAGGGAUGAAAGAGAUAGAAGAAGAAGUAGAGAACGUUCCUCAUCACCAGUUAGAAUCAAGAAAGAAGAAGAUUUUGAUAAAAGACAGGAAGAACUAAGAAGAAAGCGACGAAGAGAAAAUGCAACGAGAGAGGAACGCCGUCCUCAUCACGAUAAAGAAAUACAAAUAAAGAGAGAACCAGCUGAGGAAGAUAAUAGGCACCGACAACGAAAUGAACGAAGGCAAAGAGGUGAUAUUGAACAAGAAAGAAGACAAAAUGAUGCCAGAAGAGCAGAAGCCUGGCAAAAGAGAGAAAGUCAGGGAGGUCAGAAUGCGGAAGCUCUGGUUGCUGAAGGCGAAGAUGAACCAAAAGAAAAAGAAAAACCAAAUCUAGGAUUAUCUGGUGCGCUGACGGAAGAUACCAACACAUUUCGAGGAGUUGUUAUUAAAUAUAAUGAACCUCCAGAAGCUAGAGUCCCAAAGAAAAAAUGGCGAUUAUAUCCUUUCAAAGGAGAUGAAGCUUUGAAGGUUCUUCAUUUGCAUAGACAAAGUGCUUAUCUCCUUGGGAAAAUGCGUCGAAUUGUUGAUAUUCCGAUAGAUCAUCCAUCAUGUUCGAAACAGCAUGCAGUGUUUCAAUUCAGAAUGGUUGAAAGAGUGAAAGAUGAUGGUACAACCGGAAGAACCAUAAAACCUUAUAUUAUCGAUCUUGAUUCCUCAAACGGAACUUUUGUAAAUAAUCAAAAGAUUCAACCUCGAAGAUAUGUGGAAUUGAAAGAAAAAGACGUUGUAAAGUUUGCAUAUAGUUCAAGAGAAUACGUUUUAAUCCAUGACAAAUCUGAUACGACAGAGGUCAACGGAUCAUCUAGUGAAGAAGAAGAAGAAGACUGAUAAAAAUCAAUUUCUAUUACUGUGAAAUAGGAUACUGGCUUCUGAUAAAAGCAGAUUCAGAUUGUGUGUUCAGUGGAUGCAAAUGUAGGAAUGCAGAAGACAGUGAUCAAGUUAUGUUUUCCUUCCAGUCAAAGAAGAAUACUAUCUACUUCGGUGAGAGAUUAUAGGAAUGGUCUUAACUUAUAAAUGUUUCGAGAGAUGUUGUCCACGAAGAAAUGGAAUUUAUAUGGAAAACAAUAGAAAGGAAUUUGGAAUGAAAUUUUGGCGCUGAUGCCAAUGCACAGUCUCAUCAUACAAUUCAAAUUAGCUGCGUAAAUGUUAGAUUAAGUUAUAAUUUGAAAUAAUCCCUUAUUUGUGUUUCCUAGUAAGAGACAUCAAAAAUAUUAGUGGUUACAAAUCCAUAAUCAAUGGCAAAACGUGGCAACCCACAUACAAAUAAAAUUAUCCCCAUUUGAUAGGAUAGAUAAGAUUGAAAGUCAAUGACAUUUAAGUAAAAUUUAUACUACUGAGAAUAUUGAAAAAAUAAUAAAAAAUUGACAAUACCUUUUAAUGAUACCGAUAUGUUUGCAUAUUCUGGCACAAAUGAUCGAAUCUUGGCUCUAUUUCGGCGAUGGUGGGUUACAAUUCUUUAAAUUUUAUCAAUAUUUUGUUUUAACAAAUUGGUGUUGAAAAAAUUUUACAGCGAUCAUCAUUGAGAUUUGUCGUGACCCACGGGGGAGUCGGACUCCCAGUUCAAAUAGCCCUUGCCUAUUUGAUUGACCGCCUAUUGGAAUAAACGAGCGUUAUCGUCAGUCAUCACUCAUUUAUGGUUAGAAUGGUUAGAAUCAGCCUUAAUGUUUCCAUUGAAACUAUUUUAAAUUUUUCAUAAAAUCAAGACUUCGACAUGUGGGAUAUAAUUUAAUUUUGAAUCGAUUCCUUGCUACUUCUCAUUUGCUGAAAGUAAUAUUCAGAUGGAUGUAUUAUUUUACUUAUUCGAGUAUCAAUCCAUAUUGCAAGGACCGAUGUCAUUGAAUUAUUCGUGACAGUUUUUUUUGCAGCUUUCUUUUUAGUAUGUGAACUUGGCCUUGCAUUUCAUGGUGGCAAAUUAGAUUGUUUGACAAUAUUAGAAAUACAAGGUGGAAUUCUAUAAUCCAAGACUAUUUUACUAUUUCUUUCUGAGUGUGACUAAAUUCAGGUUAGGUACUACUAUAUAUAUGUUAGAUAUAAUUUGAAAUUUCAUUGCCAUUAUAUUUUUAAAUUUUGUCUUUGACAACGCUUUUACACAUCUUUUACUCUGAACAAGACUCUGUACAAGUAGCCACCAAUAGUAAGAUCUAUAUUUUUUGACAAUCGUAAUCUGUCCAGUUCAGUAUUGUUUAUCCAAUUCAUUGCGCCCUUGUUGAUGUGAUGGCAUGGGAUUUUAACCCAAGGUUGUAGUCUACAAUUCGAACAGCUGAGUUCAAUGCUUCAACCAAUGGGCCAAUUAAAAUUUGCUUUCAUCAGUAAGACUUUUCUACAUUUCAAGCUAGUAGCGAGCUACAAUGCGGAAUGAUUAUAGCCGGCCACUGCUAUUUUGUUUGGUAAUGGUCUAAUUUUGGGAGAAUCGUGUAUUGGAAUAUAAAAUGGAAUAUCAUGUUUGUUUUAUGUGAAAAACCUUUUAAA